GGUGGUCAGGCGACGGUUUCCAGUUCCGUUUCGAUUAAAGGGGUGUUUUCGGCUCUUUACCCUUCUAAAGCAUUUUUGACUCGCGAUGCCGCUUUUUAUCAUUUAUCACAGCAGUCGGUGCUGUUAUUCCUGUUGUACUCGUGAAUGUUUACCCGGUUUAAUCCCCCGCUUAAGUGAGGAAAGCGAGUGAGGAAGAAGACACCGAUUGUGAGUGAGAAUCGACCUGGUCGGUGCCGCUUUCCUCUCUGUCUCUCUCUCUUGAUCUCUCUCUUGAAGAGGAGAGGAGAGGAGAGGAAAGGAUAUUUCUCGCUCGAUACGACUCGAGACUGACUCGAUUAUGGUCGCAGGAGAACCGUGAAAAUCCGCAUGUCCCGAUUCACUAGAUGUCUGCUGGGUCACAAAUUCAGAUGGCACCUCAAUCAACUGUAAACUCUGGUCAGUCAGUUCAUAGUCAAGACUCGAACAUGAGCACUGGCUCAUCUCAUAGUGAUAAGGAGGUAGAUCCGAAUACUCCAGAAAAGGUACCAAGAACCCCAUCGGAAAGAAAGAGAAAACGUAAAGCAGAUGACAGUGGUGGAGGGGUUGUUGGUGCUCCUGUAGGCAGCAAAGGUUCCCGAUCUCUAGCUGCCCUUGAGAACAAGAAAAUAAAUGAAUACUUUCCAAAGCAUCAUCUGGGCAGCAGUCCCAUUCGACAUGGAGGUGCCAAAAGUCCUUCACCCCAACAAGGCUAUCCCAUGUAUCCACCGUCGCCGCAACAACUCAUGUCACCACAAGUAACGACACCGAACUCCUCGGUGGCGGAGUUCUCGUCGUUGAUGCAACCACCUAGACCGCAUCCUCAGCCGCCGCCGCCACCUCUCCCGGCUACAACGCAACCUGCGGGUUCGAUGGUCAGUAAGCAGGUGCAGGUAAGGCCCAACAACCUCGGUAGGACAGGCCAGAUCAGGCAAGCGAAGACUAACACCCCAAAUACGGAACUCACUUGCCAGAGGAUACAGGAAUUCGAAACUCAAGCUACAUCGGAUUUAGAAUUACGUAAUAACAAAAUUGACGAAUUAAAUAGAACAACGGAUGAACUUAGGCAUCAAAUGGCUAAUCAGCAGAAGCUGAUCGAGCAGCACAAAUCCCAUAUAAAUAAGUGUAUAGACGUUGUAAAAAAGUUGUUGAAAGAGAAGUCGAAUAUAGAGAAGAAAGAGGCUAGGCAAAAGUGUAUGCAGAACAGGCUGAGGUUGGGGCAAUUCGUUACGCAGAGGGUGGGGGCGACGUUUCAAGAGAAUUGGACGGACGGUUAUGCGUUUCAAGAGUUGGCGCGACGGCAGGAGGAAAUCGCGACCGAACGGGAGGAGAUCGAUAAGCAGAAGAAGUUGUUACUGAAGAAGAGGCCGUCGAAUAGUGAAACGGGGAGGAAACGCAGUCAACCUCAGCCCUCGUUGCACAACGGUACCGAGGCCACGUUCCUUAAACCGGAUGCGGUACCUGGUUCUUACACGUGGCAGGAGUAUUAUGAGGCCGACGAAAUACUCAAGUUAAGACAAAGCGCGUUGAAGAAGGAAGACGCCGAUCUUCAGUUGGAAAUGGAGAAGCUCGAGAGGGAGAGGAACCUGCAUAUAAGGGAACUGAAACGCAUUCACAACGAGGACCAAUCGAGAUUCAAUUCGCAUCCUGUAUUGAACGAACGUUACCUAUUGCUGAUGCUGUUGGGAAAGGGCGGCUUCAGCGAAGUACAUAAGGCAUUCGAUUUAAAGGAGCAACGAUACGUCGCCUGUAAGGUCCAUCAACUGAAUAAAGACUGGAAAGAAGAUAAGAAAGCUAAUUAUAUUAAGCACGCGUUACGAGAAUACAAUAUACAUAAGGCCCUCGAUCACCCCCGCGUCGUGAAGCUGUACGACGUAUUUGAAAUCGAUGCGAAUUCGUUUUGCACUGUAUUGGAAUACUGUGACGGCCACGAUUUAGAUUUUUACCUCAAACAGCAUAAGACUAUACCCGAAAGGGAAGCUAGAUCCAUCGUGAUGCAGGUUGUCUCCGCAUUAAAGUACCUCAAUGAAAUAAAACCCCCAGUCAUACACUACGAUUUAAAGCCAGGUAAUAUAUUAUUAACUGAGGGCAACGUUUGCGGUGAAAUAAAAAUCACGGACUUCGGAUUAAGUAAAGUUAUGGAUGAGGAAAAUUACAAUCCGGACCACGGAAUGGAUUUAACGUCACAAGGAGCCGGUACCUAUUGGUACUUACCGCCGGAGUGUUUUGUUAUCGGCAAAAAUCCCCCAAAAAUCUCGUCGAAAGUCGACGUCUGGAGUGUGGGAGUUAUAUUUUACCAAUGUCUCUACGGCAAGAAGCCAUUUGGACAUAAUCAGUCUCAAGCGACAAUUCUAGAAGAAAACACGAUUUUGAAGGCUACCGAAGUUCAAUUCGCGAAUAAACCGACUGUUAGCAACGAAGCAAAGAGUUUUAUAAGGAGUUGUCUGGCGUACCGGAAAGAGGAGCGUAUCGACGUAUUAACGUUAGCCAGACACGAAUACUUGCAGCCACCGGUGCCAAAGCAUGGCCGACAGGCGAACAAUCAGCAACAGCAGCAGCAACAGCAGCAACAGAUACAACAACAGCAACAGACCUCGUUCAGUAUCGGUGGUAUGUUCAGUGGCAUGAACGCGUCGAGCAGUUCGUAGUAGAAACGAACUACAACAGCAACAAUAAUCACAAUAAUAAUGAUGAUAACGAUUGAUUACGGACAAAAUAUUAAUAUUAAUAAUAAUGUUAAUUAACGGAAAAGAAAAAACGCUGAUACAUGCCAAAUCUUGAACAUUGAUAAAAAUCUUUGCACACCAUCUCAUUCUUAGGAAUUUACACACAUGUAUAUAUUUGCAUAUGUAUAUAUAUAUCUCUUUCAAUUUAUAUACAUAUUUAUAUAUAUACGUGUGUGUGUAUAUAUACAUAUAUAUAUAUAUACAUAGCAAUCGCUAUAUAAACGAAGUGUAAAUAUGGAAGAAAAGAAAAUGAUGAAAAACCGAAAUAGUAUAUCACCUCUCCUCCCUACCCUGCCCCUCCCCACCACCAUUCUAUCACUGUCACUAUCACUACCAUUUUUCCACUAUCGCCACUAUACACACACAUAAACACACGGACACACCUUGUAUAAUUAAAAAUACAUACAGGCAGUUAAAAGAAUAAUUUGGAAAAAAAGAGAGAUGCGAGACUGGUCGCAAGAAUCCAGGAAAGAAGAAAAACCUUGCGUCUUUUUAAUUAACAAUAAUAAUUAAAGGAGCAUUGUUAUUCUACCUUGUUAGCAUGACAAAAUGAAAAAGAAAAAGAAUGGGAAAGAGAUUGUGUUCUUAAAAAAAUAAUUGUAUUAUCGUUCCUUGUAAUAACAGUGUGUGCUGACUCUCAAUUUUAAAGAAAUAAUAAUAAUAGUGUCUGAGAAGAAUAGAAGAGGGAAAGAAACAAAUGUGAUAAGAAGUCUUUGUGAAUGGAAACGAGACGAAGAGUAAGAAGAAAAGUGUGAGAAGAACGUGGAAAGCAGCGAAUCAUAAAUUUCUAAGUGAAUAAAACAAAAUUUAUUCAGUGAAAUAUGAAAUACAGAAGAGAG